AUGUCCUUGCUUUCCAAGUCCAAAUAUCCACUCAGUGCUGUUGUAUUACUCGGCGCGGUGAUUUACGCCCUCCGAAUCCAUGAGAUAGUUCUUUUGAUCCUACCCAUUUUCCGAGUGAUCCAGCCCAUCGAAGACUUCCCAUACACAUGUGAACGCGUCGAGCACCCUCUUUUGGCAGGAUGCGAAGAUAUGUGGUUGGACCAUGAAGGUCGAAAGCUAUACGCGGCAUGCGCGAGUAUUGAGGGUCGAACGGGAUGGAGUCCUGGUGCUGACUUAUGGAAUGUUUCGGCAAGAGACCGUGCCGAUCAUAUCUCCGUGCUUGAUAUUGAUGAUCCCGGAUCCGAUGGUCUAUAUGGACUUCAUCAAUUAAAGAUUGGAAGUGAAUAUCCUGGUGAUUUGGACUUACAUGGACUCGAUGUCCGGCGAAUCGGUGACAAGCUUCGCUUCUGGUUGAUUAACCAUAGACCACCCGUCAACCCCAAGACUGGGGAGCCCUUGAAUGUAUACGAAGUUGGGGCCAACUCAACUGUUGAGAUAUUUGAUUUGAAGCUGGGGUCAGAGACAUUGCAACAUGUUAAAACGAUAUUCAGCGAUGCGAUUGUGACACCAAAUGAUUUAGCUGUGGAUGAGGAUGGAAUUGGCUUUGCGGUCACCAAUGACCAUACGAAUAAAGCCCCGGGAUAUUCUCGAGGCUUGGAGUUGUUUACUGGAGGCGGCAGUGUCAGCUACUGUCGAUCAGAUUCAGGCGAAUGUCGCAUCGCCACAAGAGAAGGUUGCUAUAUGGCGAAUGGAAUCGCCAAUCUCGGCCAAGGGUUAUUUGCCGUUUCUCAAACUGGAAGAGGUAUUGUUGUAACAUACAAAGUGGAUGAAGAGAAAACGAUUCUCGUCAAUGAGCUAGAUUUUCAAGUUCCGCUCGACAAUACGUCACCCGACGAGAAUGGCGAUGUUUUCAUGGCCGCAUUUCCCGACGCCCGCGCUCUCUUCAACGCAGCAAAAGACCCAUACGGUGUUCCUGCACCAGCCACCGUAUACAUGAUUCCUCGACAAGUCCUCCAGGGGAAGCAAACACAUGAAUAUAAAGGCUUGCCAGCCAUCAAAGUUCUGGAGGACCGAGAUAGCAAGCAUUUACCAACCACUACAGUAGUUGUGCAUGAUGCGAAGACCAAACGACUCUUUCUUGCCGGCGUGCUCUCCCCUUUUAUUGGGAUUUGUAAAAAUAAUUCCUGA